AGUUCGUUGGCUAGUCGAGUUAGCGUUCAUUUCUUGUCAGUUUUGUCUUAAAAAGUGUUGCUUUAGAUGUUUCUGAUUAUUAUAUUCUGAUAUAAAACAAGUUUAACGGCCACAUAUUAUCGUAAAGUGCUAGUUUCUGUGAAAACGAGAGUCCGAUUUGUGCGGGAAGUAAAACCCCGGAGCACGAAACUACGCUACCCAUAAUGCACCGCUCCGGAAGAGCACAAGUCAGAAUUGAAACGGCUAACGCAGCAGCAGAGCUGUGCUAAACAGUCGUGAUAACGCUUCAACCGACGGAAUUAUUUAGCUCGGUUGAUGUUUGCCGGUGUUGUAAGACUGUUAUGGAGCUACCGAACCGGGCAGUGAGGGUUUAGUCGCGCGGACUCUUCUGUUUGUGCCAUGACUACGCCGGUUCUUGUCAGUUAGCGUUAGCGUUGCUAGGCUAAGCUAACUCGUUGCUAACGUGUGAUGACUUUCAGACUGUUUUUGUUUUCUGCUGCCGACAUGGAUUAACUUGCCGUAGGUUAUGACAGGUUGACUGUUUUAUCGGAAGACACCGAGUUUUAUAACGCAGAGCUCGAGCUAACCGCCCAACCAUGACGCUCGCGCCGAAGGAGCUGUCCAACCUGCUGAGCAUCAUCUCGGAGGAGGCAUGCACCAACACCUUCGAGGGUCUCUCCACACACUUCCAUCACUACUUUGGGAAAGCGGAGCACUUCCGUGUGGGCUCGGUGCUGGUGAUGCUCCUGCAGCAGCCGGACCUGCUGCCCAGCUCCCCGCAGCGGCUCACCGCCCUCUACCUGCUCUGGGAGAUGUACCGCACCGAGCCGCUGGCCGCCAACCCCUUCGCCGCCGUGUUCGCGCACCUGCUGAACCCCUCGCCCGCUGGGGAGGAGCCGGAGAAGCUGCUGUCCGGCUUCCUGCCUCCCAUCACGCAGCCCGAGAAGUUCUUCCUGUCCCAGCUGAUGCUGGCUCCGCCCCGGGAUCUCUUCAAGAAGACGCCCAGACAGGUGUCCUGCAUGGACGUCGGCAACAUGCCGCAGUCCAUCGACAUCAGCGGGCUGCAGCUGGCGUUAGCAGAGCGUCAGUCGGAGCUGCCCACUCAGAGUAAAGCCAGCUUCCCCAGCAUCCUGAACGACCCCGAUCCAGACUCCUCCAACUCAGGAUUCGACAGCUCCGUGGCCAAUCAGAUCAUCGAGUCGCUGGUCACAGGGCCCCGCCCUCCACUGGAGAGUCACUUCCGGCCCGAGUUCAUCCGGCCGCCGCCCCCGCUGCACGUGUGCGAGGAUGAGCUGGCGUGGCUGAACCCCACCGAGCCGGACCACAGCGUCCAAUGGGAUCGCUCCAUGUGUGUGAAGAACAGCACCGGCCUGGAGAUCAAACGCAUCAUGGCCAAGGCCUUCAAGAGCCCGCUGUCCGCCCAGCAGCAGUCCCAGCUGCUGGCGGAGCUGGAGAAAGAUCUGAAGCUGGUGUACCACAUCGGUCUGUCGCCGGCCAAGCUGCCCGACCUGGUGGAGAACAACCCGCUGGUUGCCAUAGAGAUGCUGCUGAAGCUGAUGCAGAGCAGCCAGAUCACUGAGUACUUCUCCGUCCUCGUCAACAUGGACAUGUCUCUGCACUCCAUGGAGGUCGUCAACAGGUUGACCACGGCUGUGGACUUACCUCCAGAGUUCAUCCACCUCUACAUCUCCAACUGCAUCUCCACCUGUGAGCAAAUCAAAGACAAGUACAUGCAGAACCGCCUGGUCCGUCUGGUGUGCGUCUUCCUCCAGUCGCUGAUCCGGAACAAGAUCAUCAACGUCCAGGACCUGUUCAUCGAGGUUCAGGCCUUCUGCAUCGAGUUCAGCCGCAUCCGAGAGGCCGCCGGCCUCUUCCGCCUCCUCAAGACGCUGGACACGGGAGAAAACCCGGCCGAGGCCAAACCUGCCAAAUAAUGAUCCUCGCAGAGACACUGCACGGACAGUAGACGUGGAAGUAGACAGUAGAAGGAACGUCCUUCAUGUCUCUGUGAUCACACCAGAGUUAAUAUUGUAAAUACUAGAGUCUCGCUCUCUCUGUCUCCCUCUC